AACAAAUAACAUCUCUCCCCACCUUUUUACCCUUCUGACUCUGCUUUCCACUCCAACACAAACAGUGCUCAGCUCAACUUUUCUCUGAAAACUUUUUAAACUCGGCACUUGCCCUUCGACUGUGUCCUACCUGAACUUUUCAUUUUCUAAGAGAGAGAGAGAGAGAACAGAUUGAGGAGUGCACAUGCUUACUUCCAACUAUCAAUCAUGUUUCAUGGAACCUAUUGGGAAAGGGAAAGGGAGCCUGAUGGGAAAGGAAGAGAUAAAGGUUGGAGUUCAAAAGAAAGAUAAAUAACUGCUGAACAAACAGAAGGGUGGUUUGGUGUGUGUUUUCCCCCCAAACAGUGCAAACAUACAAGAGACAGCUGUUGAUUCAAGAACACAAAAGGACAUAAAGAGGGGCAUUGCAAGAAUGAGACUUUGCCUCUUCCUCUUCACCUUUUCCCAUGGGGUGCUCAGUGACCUCGUCCAUCUGGAGAAAAUGUAUGGAAGGAUUGCAUCCCCCGACUUCCCGAACGUAUACCCCAAUGGCAAGGAGAGGACGUGGAACAUUACUGUGCCCCCUGGCUAUGGUAUCCGCCUCUACUUUACCCACUUCAAUCUAGAGCUUUCCUACCAGUGUGAAUAUGACUAUGUGAAGUUGCAUUCAGGAGGGACAGUCUUGGCCACCCUGUGCGGACAUCAGAGUACAGACACCGAGGAAGCCCCAGAGGACAAGACAUACCACUCCAUCAACAACAACCUAGCUGUGACCUUCCGAUCAGACUACUCCAAUGAGAAAGAAUUCACCGGCUUUGAGGCCUUUUAUGCUGCUGAAGACAUUGAUGAGUGUGGACAGCUCCCUGACAGCAAGCCACUUUGCGAUCAUCGUUGCCACAAUUACCUGGGCGGCUUCUACUGCAGCUGUAAAAUCGGCUACCGUCUACACAAAGACAAAAGGACCUGUACAGCAUGAAAUAAAUAAAUUCGCUUCUUCGCGGCUUAGGGAGAGAUGGAGCUAGACGUGUCAACAUUCCCUCCUGAACUGCCUGUAGCCUCGUGCACAAUCAUACGGAGCGUUAUGCUUGAUCCGUGACUAGCUUGUGUCCUCUUCCUCUUCCUCCUGCCUAGCACUGUCUUCUGCAGCAAAUAAAAUGGCUUUCUGUGUUUCUCCCAAGCUUUCUGCAAACCUUUCCUCUGCAGCCUCCAAAAGAACAUAGGAAGUUGUAAUAUACUGAGCCAGACCCAUUGGUCCAUCUAAGUUAGUAUGGCUUACACUUACGGCUGUUCUCCACUGUCUCAGACAGGGAGUCUCUCCCAGGCAUACCUGGCACUCUCUUCCAGGAGCUAUGAUUCAGAGGCAGACUGCCUCCAACAGUGGAGAUGGAAUGCAGCCAUGGUUAGCAGACAUUGUUUGCCAAACUUUUAAAGUCCAUGGGCACACUGGAAUUUUUGACUGCCUUGGGCAUCACUUUUCUCCCCCCCCCCUCCCCUGGAUAAGCCACCCUACAAAGAGACAAGUGUACAAGUACAACUUCAUUUCCCCAAGAGAUCUGGGUAAAAGUUGUAUCCAGUAGAAUUAAUCUAAGCCUUGAAAAACACAAGGAGCCAAAAAAAGGAAGUGGGAAAGGGCAUCAUUUUUUCAACUUCCUCUUUUGCAUGCAGGUGGUCCCAAGUUCAACCUCUGGCAUCUCCAGCUAAAACAGGGGUGGUGAACCUGUGGCCUUGUUGGGUCCAGCAGUUAGGGAUGAUGGGAGUUGUAGUCCAACACCAGCUGGAGGGCAUGAGAUUCCCCUAUCUGUGUUAAAAGGAUCAGAUUAACGGAAAUACUAUUCUGAUGUCCUGGAGGGUCCACUGCAAGCUGGAGUAAGUUAAUGCUCGCCUAUAUGAACAAAAAGUCUGGUCUAAGGAAGCUUCUGAGUAGCAGUGACCCUUUUAAAAAUGUAAAAUGUGAUCAUUUUAAAACUUUGCUCCUUUUCAUGAAUUGGUCUUCAGGGCAACAGGUGGAGAAUCAUGUCUUUAAACAGAAGCGCACACACAUAGAAAAGUAGCAUGUCAAGGAGAAGCCUUUUAUAUGCACCAGCUAUCUAUAUCAGACAGAUAAUUUAAACAUGGAAGUUCUCCCUGCCUGCAAUGAAAUGGCAAAAGCCAUGCACGUCACCCACCCACUCCCACUUUGCUUCCACUCUUCAAACUCACAGCAACUUCCCAGUUACUCACUAAUGUAAUUCACAGCCUACUGUUAAUUUUGGACCUAAUGAUCCAGCCAUCAUGAGUUCACCAGUUGAGGCGGGCUCCUUCCUCAGAGUUCAAGUCUCUCGUGGGCAGUAUAGCGUUACUCUAAUAAAAAUAUAGGCCUAAGUGUAAUUGAACACUCUCCCGGUGCCCCUAAAGCCCAGCUAGAGUUUACAGCCGAGGACGGCAUGAAAAAUUGUCCCAUUCCUCCUGCGCAAGCCAUUUUUUCUUUUUCCUUUAAAAAAACUGCUUUAUAGAUUUUUCUCGCCUGAAGAUCUGUGAAAUAAAAAUACAGCCCUUAAUAAAGGCAGCUCCCUGUGGCCAUAUCCAAAGAGCUAUAAAACAUAGGAGAGUCAGUUCAAGCCGUUCCAUUGUCAUGACCGCAAUAAGCUGUCUGUUCUCACUGCGUAACAGUCGGGGAGAGCUCGUCCCACUUUGUCCCAUCAAUUGUGACAAGGAGUGCUCUACAGAGCAUGGCAACAUGAGCAUCACAGGCAAAUAUGGGGAAUGCUGUGACACCACUUGUGCCAACUGGGUAAUAUCUGUGAUGUCCCUGCCUUAUUAGUGCCGGUUAAAGAAUGACUGUGCUGGAACAGGCAUGUAUUGCACAAUUGCUACAAACUAUGAUGGCUAUGUUCUAACGCCACUGUCAGAGGUAGAAUACCCUCUGAAUACCGGAUGGUGGGAAUCCCAAGUGGUGAGAGCUGAUGUUGCACUCAGGACCUGCUUGCAGGCUUCCUAUUAGAGCAUCUAGUUGGCCACUGUGAGAACAGGAUGCUGGACUACAUGUGGUUCAGGCCUUCAGGGCUCUACUUAUUAUCAGUAUUGUCUACACUGACUGGCCAGUGACUUCUUUAAGGUCUGGCUGGAGAGGCUUUCAACCCUACCUGAAGAUGCUAGGCAUUGAACCUGAGGCCCCCGGAAAGUUGCACAGAACAGAAUGCAG